UAUUUUUAUUGGGAGGGGGACACAUGGUAGGUUGGAGGGUGUUAAGCGGUAUAUUUCCAACAUGGUGAGGGGGCAGUGCAGCAAGAUGUAAGCUUGCUUUUCAUUGGCUAAUACGACGACAACAUGACAGAAUGUGAUGACAUCAUUGUCUCCUCCCGAGUCUUCCAGGAAUUCUCUCUCCUCCCCUUUCCCACCUGCCCUUCCCUCCGGUGAGCUGCUUGGCACAUAAAUAGCAAGCAGUCCAGAUGGCCUGCAGUCAGGUGUUGCAGACCACUCAUCGCAGGGGGAUCAACUCUGACCACAAAUGAACAUGUUCACAGUGUUUUCCUGUUGCGCACUCUUGGCUGUCUUGGCCACGAGGGGAAGUCACUCUGCGCCGUCUGUCGCUGAUGUUGAUGGUUACAUCACAUGUAAUCGAACCAUUACGGAGAGUACAUGUAAAGAAAGAGGACCCUUCAGACGACGACUGCUGUUGCCAAGACGACGACACAUCAUGCAAAUCGUAUAGAAAAAGCACUCACGUCUGUAUGUUCGGGAACAUCAAAGCCCUGAAUACAAAGAAAAACAGAAAGCAGGAGGAAAAUCGCUUUGGGGUUUGUGGAAGCCGAACCUUCCUGCGGAAUUACAUGUUCUGCAACUCGUCGACAGGGGAGGUCGUUCUGUUUAAGGACCCAGAAUUUCGAAGCCAAAAGCUGUGUAAGAACCAGUUGCCAAGAGGUCCUGACACAGGUCCUGCCAUCAGACUUCACAACAAAGAGGUGCACAUUCAAGGCCGGGUGAACUUGAUGCGGGUGGACAUGUCGGCUACAUUUCUCUUCAUCGACCUGCUGCCUUUCAGCAUCACGAACCUGACGGGAGGGCUACCUCCAUCCUCUCAACUCACAGGCCAGAUGGGUUUGCAGGUCAAGGUGCAUCUUCCCGCUGCUGGAGACUGUAUGACUUUACAUGAUGUGAAGAAUUACAUGCAGGACAAGACUCUGGACAUCUGGGUAAGCACCCCACAUGCCCGUUUCUUCAAAGCAAAAAAGCAUUGGAUCUUGACGAUUCCAGAGGAAAGCUCUCAUCACUGGAUGAUGAUUUCCCAGCGUGCAUUUCAGUAACACAUCAUCACCACCUUUACAUGACCAUGACCAUGACCAUGAACCACUACAUAUUCUAUUUUUCUGUCUGUUAUCAUGACCAGUUGUGUUACAGCUUGUUAAUGUACUUUUCCUAAAUAUUAUUUCAUAUGUGUACUAUGACCAGGACGAAUUGUAAAUAUACUUUCUAAAAAUAGUCUUUUAGAGAUAUGAGAUGAAUGUCGUUUGUCUGGAUGAAUAUUUAUUUUGCUCAUUUUAACACCAAAACGUGCAUUUAUAUGAACUGUCUUGUUCCUGGCAGCCACCCAUCCCCCGUUUUACUAAGCUUUAAUAUAAACAUUUGUCUUUUCAAGCACCCUGAUAAAUUCAUUAUUUUGAUGCAAAGCCAUGACGAUUAUGGGCAGAUAUUUUUGUAUAUUUUUGCACAAUUUACAUAUCUUUAAAACUGGUUUCUAUGGUCCCGCAUUAAUUGCUGUAUUAUUGCCAUAUCUAAUCCUUCACCAGUCACUUCCCAACAUAGAUUCUGCGCUUUAUAAAUCAAGAAGAAAAAAUAGAAUACGAAGACGACGACGGCGACAACAAUGAUGGGCUUCACCUGCAAAAUUUUAAGGAAUUAUGUAUUACUUUAUUAAUGCUUUUUGUCAUCCUGCCUAUCGACCAUUGGUGACUUCCUAUUCUCUCAACUUUUACACCUGCAAGAUAGUCCAUCAAAAAUUUGUUAUCUUUAAAUGAUACCGAAAUGAACAAGAUUGGAAUGUAAAAAUGUUCUCAAAGACAUGAUUACUAAUUAUCAUUAUUAUUAAAUGGUAAUUAGGCAUGUGUGAAUAUUCUCAGGAUACACAUCUGUCAGAAUAAUGUGUACAAAUUGCUCACUUGUGUCCAAAUAGUAAUUUAUUGUGUUUUAUAGACAUGAGCUCAUCUUCAUAUUUCACACACCACGGAGCGCAGUCCAUUUAUGUCAUAAUAUCAGUAACAUGAACAACCAACGGAUAAGAAAAAUCAGUCGCAGUAUUUUUCGACAAGGUUUGAGGAAGUCAGGGCAAAUGUAAGAGGAACUAUAUUUCUAGCAGCGCCGUGGUGCUGUGCACGGGUCAAAGGUAAGAGGUCGGGGACGACAAACAUUGGAUGGAGCAGCGCACGACUCUGGUUUAAAGACCUACUAAGGUGCAAAUUUUCUUCUAAUGAUUAUUGAAAAAUAUUUUUCCAUAUUCAAGUGAAUUAUGAAUACAAAUUGAUAGGUUUAUAUCUCAAUAAUCUAAGGGGCUAUUCACCCAAAUACUAGUCCGAAUUUACCCAGUCAUUAGACAAAUUUCGCCGCCAGAUCUUUAAGUCGUUAAACCACUAAUUGCCAUUGGUACGCAUUUCUUAACGAGAAUUUUUUUUCUUGUUUGUUUACAUUGGUUUGUAAAUGUUAUUGGAGGCCAGAGUUGACAGCAUCUUGUUUUAUGUCAACUGCCUCAUGCUGUUUAGACUGUAAUUUAUUGCAGCUGUAGUAAAGUGUUUAAAUACAAA